UCCAAUGGUUCUCGCGUUUACUAAUCGUCGUUGCAUGUUACAGCUCUCAUCGGGCUUGUUCUCUCUAUCUGUUUUCGCUGGCGAUCUGUUCUUCGGAUAUUGGAUCAGCCUUUUUUGUUGAUAUUUCAUGUUGCCAUGUCCAACAAUCUUAUAUCUCAGCAAUUACCUGCGAGUGCCCAGGGUGAGCUGGGGACAAUUUCCGGGAAAAUGGACCCGCCUUUGCAAAUGGCUAUGAUGGGAUCCUUGCUCCAUCACUUACCUGUUGCAAAGAUGCAAGUAGGUCCUAUGAUUCCAUGCAUCAGUAUCUCUCCUUCAGAACGUGUUUCAAGUCCAAACAUGGUUGUAAGAUCGUCAAACCUGAUCUCUAGUUAUUCAGAGGCACCUCCACAGCCAGUUUUAAUUGAACAGCAGGAGCAUAAUGUAAUGGUGCAGUCACCAUUCGUGCCUUGUGACCCUGCUGCAGGAUCUUUGUCAACCAAGAACAGUACAGCCCAGCUGCCAAGUAAACGGAAAUCUCCAAUGGAGUUUAUGUCCAACAGGAGUGUUGCGAAGCUGUUGUCAGUGCCAAAUAAACGAAUGGCCUCCAGUGAUCCCCGACCAUGGUCGCAAGGGACUUAUGAACUGAAUAAAGGACAUGUGCUAGCAUCUUCUCUUUCCCCAAGGACUCAGUACUUACCAGCAUUGAGUAAGAAGACUGUGCAGUUGGAAUCUGUUACUGGUAAUAAAUCAGCGAAGCAAACUGCUCCUAGGAAACAAAAUGCACAGAAACAACUGCCACCAAAACCUCAAAAUGAAUCAUCCGAGUCUCUGAGGUGCAAAAUGAGAGAAUCAUUAGCAGGUGCUCUAUCCUUGGUACACAGUGACUCUCCAACAAUGCUGAAAUCCUUCCAGAGUCAGACUGCUCGCAAAUUUCAUUUGGGCUUUCAAAUCGGUGAUCCCACUUCAGCUGCAGCUGGAGUUAAUGCUAUGUUACCUAUUGACAGCACACCAACAAGAGCCCAUGACAUUGGACUCUCAGUUCAGAAGGUGGGCUUGAAGGAAACUGUGUUACCUAAUAUUUCAACACUUGAUAAGACAGAGGAUGCCAAAGAUGGUGACACGCAAGAUUCUCAGUUUGUUAAUCCUUUUCCAAAGGACAAUGUUUCUUAUAGCGACAAUGUCUUUUCAAAAGAUGAUCUUUUGCAAGGAAAUGAUCUCCCUUGGAUGCUUGAUUCAGAUGUAGAGUUUAGUGAAAAUAGUCAAACUAAAAUAACUGAAGCUCUGGCUGCUGAAAAUGGAAGCCAGGGAAGAAUUAAGGAAAAACCGAUACUUGAUCCACAGCUGUUGGCUUUUGAAAUUGAGGCAGAACUCUUCAAGCUAUUUGGUGGUGUGAAUAAAAAAUAUAAAGAGAAAGGAAGGUCUCUUAUAUUCAAUUUGAAAGAUAAGAGCAAUCCUGAGCUCAGGGAGAAGGUUAUGUAUGGAGAAAUUCCAGCUGAGCGAUUGUGUUCGAUGUCAGCUGAGGAACUUGCUUCUAAGGAGCUUGCAGAGUGGCGGCAAGCAAAGGCAGAAGAGAUGGCUCAAAUGGUGGUUCUGCCAGAUACUCAGGUUGAUAUCAGAUGUUUGGUGCGGAAAACACAUAAAGGUGAAUUUCAAGUGGAAGUCGAACCGAUGGAUAGUGGCUCAGUUGAGGUUUCUGUUGGAUUGAGUUCACUGAUGUACAGUCAGAAGAAAUCCUCUUCUAUCAUCAGAAAGAGAAAUUCUUCUGCUCCUGCAAUCCCCUCUGAUGUAUCUAGUGGUCCAGCAAAAGUGAUCACAGUGGAUGAUGAGAUGAAGGAUGCUACAGGGUCUCUCCCUCCAAUUGUCUCUCUCGACGAAUUCAUGGUCUCUCUAGAUUCAGAUCUUCCAUCUGAGUCUUUAUCCACUGAUGCUGGGAAAGAAACGCCUGGAUCAGAUAAGAACGACGCAGAGACGAGUUCAGUUUCGAUUUCACCCAAACAAAGUCCAAAUGGUUGUGUUGGUACAUCCCCGGUUAAGCCGGGGAACACCGACACUGGUUCCUUGAAACCAUCUACUGAUGUUACAACUUCUAUCACCAUACCUGCGGGUGAACGUGUCUGGGAAGGUUCAUUCCAGCUGAGUGUCUCUUCCGUGACUUCUGUCGUUGGCAUUUUCAGAAGCGGGGAAAAGACAAGUGCUGGAGAGUGGCCAGUGCUGCUUGAGAUAAAAGGUAGAGUCAGACUAGAAGCAUUUGAGAAGUUCCUGCAAGAGCUCCCAAACUCCAGGAGCCGUGCCAUAAUGGUUAUGUGUUUCGCCUGCAAGGAAGAAUGUCCCAAAACAGAGCGAGACAACCUUUCCGAGGUUGUGGACUCAUACAUCAAAGACGAGAGAGUCGGAUUCGUGGAGCCAGCUGCAGGAGUAGAGCUUUACCUCUGCCCUACCAAAGGCAGAGCCACCGAAAUCAUCAGCAAGAUCGUUACGAGAAACCAACUAGAUUUCUUGAAAUCUUUAGACCAUGGUCUUAUAGGUGUUGUUGUAUGGAGAAGAUCUCAAUUAAAACAACCAAGUAGUGUACUAUCAUCAUCAUCGACUAAAUCUCACAACCACCACCGUGGAAAAGGCGGUUCUUCUACCGUGAAUAAGACCCGUAAUGGUGAUAUGGUCCUGGAGAAUGACCAUGACCAUGAUGACGACGAUGAUUGCGAUUUGCCCCCUGGGUUUGGUCCUGGGGCUGUGGCUUCGGCCAUGCCUCAGGGAAAUGACGAGGAUGACUUGCCUGAGUUUAAUUAUGGCUCUCAUGGGCACGUUGUCAUGAACCAGAGGACGACGAUGCAUAGCCGUUCUCAAUCCUUGCAUCAGGUUCGUGAACUUAUUCACAAAUAUGGUAAAUCGAUGUCUCGAACUUUUCACCACGGUGAUGAUGGUGAUGACGAGAAUGAUAUACCAGAAUGGAAUCCGAAUUUGAACUCGAAUCUGAUUCCACCAUCGUAUUCGCAUCACUCUCAUGGUGGCUCCGCGGUUGGACCUGAAAGCAGGAGCUGGGCUCACCAUUAUCAUCAUCAGCCUGGGAGUAGGGGUGGGGGAAUUUGAUCCUUCCUUUCUUUUGUAAAGCUUUUUUGUUUGAACCGUUGCCGCUUUUGUUUGCACUUUUUUGUUUCAAUUUUUUUUUGUAUUUUUAAGCAAAAGGCCCAAUUGAUAGUAUUUCAUUUUUCUC